UGUUAAUGGCAGUGGUGCGUUGCGUUUGGGAGGGGGGUGUCCCGGGCGGUCCCUGCUGUGCUCUGGCAGACACCCUGGUGUCCAAAAGGAGGCAUUGCACACCAAGUAACAUUGGAGGACGUUUGCACUCACAACUUGGAGAAAGGGAGAACCCAAGUACGGGAAUGCAGCUUCCAAGGCACAAUGAGGUUCGGCUGAAAGGACUGUUCUGGUAGAGUAAACCGUUUAGAAGGAGAUUUGGGAUUAAAACCGUCAGACAGACGCGUGGAUCUGCAACCUCAGGGAAAUGAGAUGCGAGUGAGCUAUGCCUUUUGGAAAUGGACAGACUGAAUCCAAGCGGAAACAUGGCGUCUAUUUUCCAAACUUUAAACUUUCUUGCUGGCUUUUCUUUUUUUUCCUGCUCUCCGACGCUGGCCUGUUGGCGGAGCAGCCAAAAUGCCACCCCUGUCCGGCAAACUGUACGUGUCCGGAGUCUGCGGGCUCCUGUCUGGUCAAUUGUUCGAAUAUCGGACUGGAUCACGGGCCAAAUCGCAUGGACAUCCCACCGCACACAGCGAUCCUGGAUCUUUCCUACAAUGAAAUCACCUUUGUAGAUGUUCCUUUUGAGGCUUUGACUUCCCUGAAGAAAUUGUACCUCCAGGGCAAUAAUAUAAGUGACAUAGGUGGGAUCCUCACUGGUAGACCAUUACUAUCAGUUUUAGAUUUAAGUAACAAUCAGAUUUCUGCAAUAGAAGAUGGAGUGUUUGCUAAAUUAUUUAAUUUAAGUGAAAUAAAUCUUAGUUCAAAUCCACUCAUCUGUGAUUGUAAACUCGCCUGGCUGCCAGGCUGGGCCAAAACAAGAAGAGUUACCGUUUUAAACGCUGCAGCUACAAAAUGUGAUCGACCUUCAGAAGUAGCAGAUCUGCCUGUCUUAAGUGUUAAUUUCUCAAACAUUCCUUGUGGAUCCAAUCAUAUAGCCUGCUGGGUGGACAGCCAUACAAGGACAGAGUCUGUUGUAAUGUUUUCAUUGCUUUCUCGUGGAAACUUCACAAGGGGCUCCUGCAAUGCUUUCUGUUACAGUAAGGACCACCAGUAUGGUGGCUUGGACAGUGAAAAUCAGUGUUUGUGUGGCAGCAGCCUUGAAAGAAAUGCCUCUUCUUUGUGUAUGCAGAUUUGCACAGAUCGCCAGCUCAAAUCGGCGUGUGGCCAUGCUGUUGUACAAACUGUCUUUAAAGUGCAGCUGUCUAAGUUUUUGACUGAACAGCAGACAUUCAAUAUCCAUGAAGCAGUUAAGCUAAGUAUCAGUAUUCCGUUUGUCAGAAGCACUUUACAGUGGGACUUGGGAGACAGGACACCACUUUUUAACACCACAGAGAGUGCAGUGUUUCACAAAUAUUCCCUACCUGGAAAGUACAACAUAACAGUGACUCUGUACACUAGAGACAAGGUGACCACCAUACAGACUAACAUCAAUGUAGUCAUUCCAGCAGGACACCUAGCACUUACCUGUCCAUCUGUGGUGAAGACAAACAGUAGCAUUGAUGUCUAUGUUCAGAACUCAGAUGGAACCAGCAUUUCUGCUACUUACAGCAUAUUUUUGGAUGAAAACAAACAAGCUCUUCCACUUUAUCCUCCUGGACAAACUUUCUUGAGGAAUAAUCAUUCUUACCACCUUGUUGAAUCCAAUGCAACAUGGCUACAAGCUCAGAUGCACUGUCAGUCAUACCAGAAUAACAGCUUGGCUGUAGUGAGUGAUCCUGAUGUUCAGAAGUUCAUACUGUCUCUGGGAACGUGGAAAGAUUACAUCUGGAUUGGACUUCAUGAUGAUGGAUCUGGUGGCAUAUUGCGUUGGGUUGAUGGUCAAAACCUGAAUGGCUAUCGAAACUGGUUACCAGGAGAACCAGUAUCAGGAGGUGCAUGUGGUAGGAUGAGCUCCACUGGUGGGUGGAGUGUUGGCCCUUGCUCAACAGCGUCUGGCUUUGUCUGUGAAUAUAAACCUAGAAGUACCAUAAUGGAUGCAGAUUAUUUUCUGGUGGGUAACCCCGUGUUCAGUACUGGACUGGAUUUAAGCAAUCUGACUGCAGUACCAAGUCUGCUUCCCUCUUCUGGAACUGUGAAGGUUCUGUUGUUUCCUGGUCUUUGGUUUGAACAUGCAGGCGUUGUAAGGGGCAUUGAAUUUGUCAGUCCCGAUCUACAUAGCCCCAUCCAAAUGAGAUUUCAGAUCUACAGACCAACCUGCAUGGAGGACAACAUGCAAAUUUUAAACUCAGGUUGUGGAGAAAUAUGUGCAUUCACUUCAUGCCUAGCUCAGGACAAUUCUUCAGUGCAACCAAACUGCUCAGUUGGAUGUCAGUGGUGUCAGUUUGACAAUGCCAGUAUGUGCCUCCCAGUGGACACUCAUUGCGGCCUUAAAGCAAGCCUGAACUGCACUUCUUCCAAGCCACCUCGCUACACUGGGAAUCCACCUGUGUACACUCUUGUCAAUGAGUCUCUCUUCAUCAUUCCUUCUGGCAAUGCAACUCAUUACUUGGCAUUGACUGAUGAAGAAAAUAUUGAUGUCCAGCCAUAUGAUAUUAUUGCCAUUCAACACGAAGGAGAAGAGGAAUCCGUACUGCACUGUGUUCAAAGCACCUCAUCUCCUUAUAGACAAAGUUUUUUCAAAAUGAAUGUCCCCAACUGGAUAACUGAUUACCUUCAACCUGCCGAUAACAUCAGCUGGUCUGAUAACAUUGUUUGUAACCUCAGGGUUUUAUAUACCAGUAAAACAGAGUCCCAGUUCAUCAUUCCCCAACUCCAGACUGGUCUGCAUAAGUAUGGACUAUAUACUUUUAAAACUCAUCUUGAAAAUGGCAUAUCUUCUAAAAAUCUUUCCUGCACCUUUCUAGUGAUGUCUCCAAUAACAGGCUUGAAUGUCAUUUUUCCAGUUGUUCAGCACAAUACAGUAUAUAUGCCCAAAAAUCAAACUUUUAUGUUAGUCAAAAUCAGUUCUGGGUCAAAUGCAACGGCUUACAUCUUGGGAGGUAGUGAGAUGUUUCCAUUUGAAGCUUUUUGUCCAGUGGGACAGUCCCCAAUAAUUGAAGAUUGUAACAGAGAAACAGAUGACACUUGGUUUUCAGUAAUCCACUUAAAUUUCACAGAUGUCCGCCUAAGCAGAAUUCAAGUGAUAGCAGAGAAUGAAGUCAGCUCUCAGAAUGUGACUGUUAAAGUGAAAGUAGAGGAACCAGUUGGAGGGCUGCGUAUUCGUCCUAGUCCCGAAUCAAGAGUGCUCGUCAAUACCCUUGUAACUUAUACAGCAACAGUAAAUACUGGUUCUGAUGUCACCUUUAAAUGGACAUUUGAUGACAAACCAACUUUUACUUAUUACAAUGCAGUAUUUAAAGUCAUCUACAAAAGUGCAGCAGUGUACAAGCUGACACUAACAGCAUCAAACCAUGUGAGCAGCAUUACAGCAACUUAUAAUGUCACAGUUGAUGUGAUGCAUAAACUGAAUGACCUGAGUAUUUCCAGCUUUUCUCCUAUUGUGUUACAACAUGCCCCACAAGAGCUGACAGCUACUGUUAGAGUGGAUUCCGCUAUGGAUGCCACAUUUAGAUGGGCAUUUGGAGAUGGUGGUUUUGCAGAAUUCCAUUUCAAGCCACCAUAUAACCACUCUUUUUCAGUUAUACACGAGAAUGCUGAAGAAGUCCUUCUACAACACAAUGUUACAUACAUAUACAGUAUACCAGGUGAAUACAUCAUGAGAGUUUCAGUGUCAAACAAGUAUGACAACAUCAGCACGGAAGUUAAAGUGGUUGUCUACAGCUGUCUGACAAGUGUCUUUAUUCAGGCUGACACUGAUGUCCUCGUUGUUGGUCGAAACAUUACUUUAACAGCUUAUCUACCAUCUCCUUCACAAGGAGUCUUCUGUACCUGGGACUUUGGUGAUGGCUCUGCUAUUUAUACCACAAGUGAGUCACAAGUGAGCCAUAUUUACAGAAAAAAUGGCACCUUCUUUGUCAGUGUGAAUGCUAACAAUACAGUAAGUGCUGCGGAUACUAAUGUAAGUUUCACUGUGAUGGAGGAAAUCACAGGAUUACAAAUGUCUUCUGAUGCACCUACUGAAAUUCAUACACCAAUGACAGUAAAGGUUUCUGUGGAAACUGGAGAUAACAUUACAUGGACAUUUGACAUGGGAGAUGGAACUGUAAUUAGAACUUUACAGUCAGAGAUUAAACAUACAUAUUCAAAAGAUGCCAACUACACAGUGAAUGUGUCAGGAGAAAAUCCUGUCAACAGUGUGUCGCAGACUUUAGUAGUUCGAGUAUUUGUGUUAGAAGUGCUGAAAAUAGAGCCUUCUGAAUGCAUUCAAGAACUUAGUAAUACAACAUUUGUUGCAUAUGUUUCCGGUAAUUUCAGUAUUUAUAAUUUUGACUGGACCUUUGGAGAUGGGUCACCUAAUGUUUCUGUUAAUGGAAGCCGUUUGGUAAUGCACAGAUUUACAAGGAGUGGGGUUUUUCUUCUUUCACUGAUUCUGUCCAGCAGUGCCAAUAAAGCACACUAUUUUACCCGUGUAUGUGUUGAGCCUGUAAUUGUUAAUGCAACAAUUAUUCCUGUGAACCAGUUUACCAAAUUAGGAGAGGAGAGCAGGUUCAGCAUGGACAUCUUUCCGGACUAUCAGUACAGGUAUGUGUGGGACUUCGGCACUAACGAUUCAUCAAGAUAUGGGGGCAGAGAUAUGAGAUUUACUUACAGGAGCCCUGGUGUCUAUGUUAUAGUUGUCACAGUAUUCAACAAUGUUUCUGACGACAAUGCCACUGCUGUAGCAGAAGUCCAAGAAUCUGUUGGACUAGCAAGCAUCCAAUGUAACUGCACUAGUGUUAUGGAACCAGGACUUGCUUACCUGUUCAAUGCAGUUGGUAAUGGAACCAAAGUAAGGCAUGCUUGGGAUUUUGAUGAUGGAACUAAUGAAACAGGUCAGAUUGUCACACAUGUCUAUAAUAACACAGGAGAAUUCACCAUUCAUCUUGUAGCCUGGAAUGAAGUCAGCAAAAGUGAGGCCACACGAAAUAUCACUGUCAGAAGGAGAAUUUCUGGAUUGUCGAUCAAUGCAAGCAGAAUUAUAGUGCCAUUAAAUGGAUCUGUUGACUUUGAGGCCAAGCUGCAAAGUGGAGAUGAUGUCCGUUUUUCAUGGAUCUUGUGUGAUAGAUGUACUCCAAUAAUCAGUGACUCCCACAUCUUCUAUACUUUUAGGUCUGUAGGGACAUUUAAUGUUAUUGUUACUGCAGAAAAUGGCAUAAACGCAAUGCAGGACAGUAUCUUCAUUUAUGUUCUGGAACUAAUAAAUGGAUUACAGAUUAUAGGAAAUUAUAUUCUGCAUGGCUGCUGUUUUGCAACAAAUAAGAUCCUGCCACUGCAGGCAGUAAUGAGUGAUGGGACCAAUGUGUCAUACAACUGGACAGUCCUAAAGGGUGGUGGCAUAAUUCAAGUGUUUAGUGGGAAAAACAUACAUUUAAACAUUUCAGAAGCUGGAACUUAUGAUAUUGUUCUAAGGGCUGCCAAUAUGUUGGGUAGUGCAACUGUGAAUAGAACAAUUCAUUUCAUUGAACUUAUUGGAAUUGUAAAUGUAUUUGUAACACCAAAUCCUGUCGCUGUUAAUGUGUCAGCUAAUUUCAGCACUAGUGUUAGCAGAGGAACAAAUUUGACAUACCUAUGGUAUCUUGAAGAGAGCGUAAUGUUUCAUACAACAAAUUCCUUUGUAAUGCAUCAGUUUCAAAAUCCUGGGUCCAAAACUGUUUUUCUCACUGUAAAAAAUAUGCUGGGCUCCUGCAAUUCAACAGUUUCAGUUUUUGUACAACAGCCAGUAACUGGUCUAGAGAUCACCAUAACAGAACCUCAAAACUACUUUUUUGUUGCUACACAUUCCAAUGUUACCUUUUAUGGUGAGCUGCAGAAAGGGACAAAUGUCUCUUGGAUGUGGGAAGUAUCUGGCUAUAUGUUCACUGAACGUAUGGUGACUGCCUUUUUCCCAAUUGCAGGUGUAUUUCCCAUUAGGCUGAAUGCAUCCAACAAUGUCAGCUGGGCCAUGGCUAUGCGUAACAUAACAGUACAAGACAGAAUUCAAGGACUUAAGCUUCAAGUGAGCAAAAAAGUAGUUGCACCUUAUGAAGAAGUGCUUUUCAUGAUUAGUAUCCUGUCUGGCACAUCAGUCAGUUAUUCACUGAGCAUAAUGGGGAUUCAGUCUGUAUUUCUAAGUAAAUUAAACUAUUCCUAUGUGUUCACAACUGUUGGUACUCACACUGUGUCACUGAUGGCACAGAACCAAGUCAGCUCAGAAAAAGUAACAGUUCAGGUUUUAGUUAUGGAUCCCAUUGUCGAUGUAAGAAUAGCUAACUGCUGUGAGCCAGCUAUUACGAAUGGAACAGAGCACAUCUUUACUGCUGAAGUUGCACGUGGAACUAAUGUAUCUUUUUCAUGGUGGUUUUGUUUAGAUGAUAAACCAGCUGAGAAAAUUUUAGGGAAAAGAGUGGCAUUUACACCAAAUAUUGCAGGCAAUCUAACUAUUCUUCUUACUGCCCAAAACAGUUUGGGAGGACAAACGAUUACAGUCCAUAUAUUAGUCCAGGAUCGCAUUGAACGGGUUUCACUUUCAUUUGAGCCAACAGAUGCAUAUGCCAACAAAAAUGUUUAUUUUAAUGCUUCCUUGUCUCCAAGUGCUAAACAUGUUAACUUUUUGUGGAAUUUUGGUGAUGGCUCACAAAAGCAAACAACCAUCCCAGUGACAUUUCAUUCAUAUAAGAAUCCCGGGGAGUACAUUGUUAAGGUGAAUGCAUCCAACCUGAUUAAUUUCUUUGUUGCAGAAAUAACCAUAAUUGUUAGCUUGUUACAGUGUGAAGAUCCAGAGGUACAUACAGUUUUUCCAGUUCAGAUCAUAAUGAAAAGGUCACAGAUAAACUAUUUAGAGGCAGAUGUUGAUUUGAAAGGUUGUGCAAAGUACCUGACAGAGUACACAUGGAAGAUUUAUCGUGCACCAAACUGCCUAAAAUUGUAUGAUAGUGACAAAAUACUGCCUCAUCACCUCGAUUUAAGUAGACCUCAACUUGUAAUACCACGUCUAGCACUGGAAAUUGACAACUAUUGUUUUGUGUUCACAGUAUCAUUUGUGGGUACACCUGUCAGGAAAACUAUUUUUGCUAAUGUAACUGUGGCACCAAGUAGGCUGGUUCCAAUUAUAGACGGAGGUUCAUAUCGUGUCUGGUCUAAUACAAAAGAUUUGAAAAUGAAUGGCAAAAAUUCAUAUGACCCUAAUCUUGAAGAUAAUGAUCAAACACCACUACUCUACAGCUGGUCAUGCAAGUCAUCAUCAGAGAGUCCCUCCCGUGGAUGUUUGGAAGAAUAUAAUUCUGUGGGUGGAGCUCUUACAAUUUCAAGAAAUACUUUAGAAGCAGGUGUAGAAUAUACAUUUCAUCUUACAAUCUACAAGGCUGGAAGAAGCCCAGAAUCUACAAAUCAAACGGUCUUAAUAAAAAAUGGAACUGUUCCUAUCGUAUCGUUAAAGUGUAUUUCUUGCAAAGCACAAUCAGUGUAUGAAGUGAGUAAGAGCUCCUAUGUGUACCUUGCAGGAAGCUGCAGAAACUGCAAGAGCAGUUCUUACAAAUGGCACUGGACUGCACAGAAUUUCAAAAAUCAAUCUUUAGUGUUGAAUAUGUCAAGUACAACCACGGGAAACAGUGGAAUGAACCUAGUUAUGAGGCAAAACGUUUUGGCAGACAGAGAGGGAUAUAUGUUUGGUCUGCGUGUUUUUGACCCAGUGAUGGAUGCCGAGGGAUAUGCAUCCAUGAGUCUACAGCCCAACAGUCCUCCUUCUGGUGGAGCAUGCUGGAUUGUUCCAAAUUAUACUGCUAGUGCCCUUGAUACAAAGAUUCACUACCAGUGUUCAGGGUGGACAGAUGCUGAGGACGAAGAGACAGCACUGAUUUACAGCCUCAUGGUUAUUCGAUGCUCAGGAAAAGUCUGUGACAAAUUCUUUGUGUACAAAGGCAGCAGAUCAGAGUAUCAGGCUUUUGUUCCACCUGGGUUUCAAGCUGAUGGGUUCAGAGUUGGGAUCUGCAUCACAGUACAAGACCAAGAUGGAGCCUCCAUUGUUGCACUUAACUAUUCCAUGAUUGUGCACCUCCCCAGUCCACCUGAGGGAUUUUCAAGCCUUCCUCUCUGGAUCCACAAUCAGACACGGACAGUUCUUCAGGAUAUUGUAAAGCAGGGCGAUCCUCAACAUGUCAUUGAGUAUUCCUUGUCUCUAAUCAUUACUUUAAAUGAGUAUGAGAAGAAUAUGUCUGUUGAAUUGGAUUCGAGUGAUGAAAGAGACAUUCGAACGUGGACACGAAAUAACAUCUCUGACAUUCUCAACGCACUGAAGGUCAAUACUGUGGAUGACAUAGAGCAAAUCUCGGCAGCCUUGGCACAGUGUACGGUUGUUAGCAAGGAAUUUUUGUGCCCAGAGUGCCAGACAAAAACACUGGACAAACUGGAGAACAUGAUGACAAUUCUUCAGAGUGAGACAACACAGGGAACAAUGGCACCAACUUUAAUAGCAGAUAACAUUCUCACAAUAGUGGGAGACUUGAUCCACGUGGUAAAUCAAGAGCCACAGAAUAUAACUGUGGAAGAGCUGUCCAGAAAUGAGCAUUCUCAGCAAGUUGCUUUCCACGCUUAUAACUUGUCUUCACAUUUAAUGAAGAUUCUUAUGAAAUCUCGUGUUUUAAAUGAAGAGCCAUUAACAUUGAAAGGUGGUAACAUCACCGCACUGGGAAAACGAGCAAACUGUAAGAAUUUACUGUGCUAUGAAAACAGCGUUGAUUGCCAGUUUUCAAUCCCACAAGCAUUUAACAGGACCUUAACAGAUUGGGAAGACAUUAUUCAAGUUAUUUUUCAGCUGGACUCAAACCCCUUUCCAUUUGGUUACAUUCAUAAUUACACAGUGUCAACCGAGGUUGCAUCCAUGGAAUUCCAUAAUGACAGUGGGACUCGUAUUCCCAUUAGAAAUCUGGAUUCAAGCAGUGCUAUCACCGUGAAGAUAAAAAACAGCAGUGAAGCAGAAAGUAUUUCUCUGGGAAAUGCUACGAUUGGUGCAAAAAGUUCAGUAGUUGUUAUUGUCAGAACGGAAAACACAAACAAGGCAGCAGGCUUGCACAUUGAAAUCACAUUCAGACGUUUAAAUGGGUGGUAUGCAUCAUAUGAGAAAGAUCCAUUCCUUUAUGCCUACCUUGCUGGUUCUUCAGACCCAAAUGAAUACAACUACACUGCUGUGAAGACUAUUGCCAUCAAUAUGUCAACUUCAGCACCUCAGCUUUAUACCUUCUUUAUCUCACCACAAAUACAUGACACCACUGAAGUGUGUUACCUCAAUAUUACUAAUCGUCUCAUGUGGUCUCCAGUACUGAUAAAUGUUAGUCUGUUCACAUCCCUGUGUCAGUACUUUGAUGAGGAUGAAAAGAAGUGGAAAACUGAGGGAAUAGUACCAACUGAAGGUACCACACGUGAUAAAGCUGUCUGUUUGACACAACAUUUAACUGCCUUUGGAGCUAGUUUAUUUGUUCCACCAGGUCGUGUCCAAUUCAUAUUUCCGCCUUCCCCUCCUGGCUCUAACUACAUAGUGCUUCUCACAUGUGCAGUGUGCUUUGUGAUGUACACUGUUGCCCUGAUCAUUGUUCGUAAGCUGGACCUGCUAGACAUAAACAGAGCUGGAGUGAUUCCAUUUUGUGGAAAGGAUGGAUUAUACAAAUAUGAGAUCUUGCUGAAGACUGGAUGGGGUCGAGGAUCAGGUACAACAGCUCAUGUAGGAAUCAGUCUGUAUGGCAAAGAAAAUAAAAGCGGCCAUAGGCAUCUUGAUGGGGAUAACAUUUGCCGCAGGAACAGUCUAGAUAUAUUCCGUGUUGCUACAGAGAGGAACCUUGGGAGUAUCUGGAAAAUACGCAUAUGGCAUGACAAUAAAGGAUUAAGCCCUUCCUGGUAUCUGCAACACGUGAUCGUGAAAGACCUCCAGAGCUGUAAGAGCUAUUUUUUCCUUGUAAAUGGCUGGUUGUCCUUGGGUAAAGGGAGGAGUGAAGGAACAGUUGAAAAAGAAGUAUUUGCUGCAACUGAUGAGGAGCUGAAGAAGUUUUCCCGAAUCUUCAUUGCAGAGCUGCAGAGAGGCUUUUCAGAGAAACAUAUCUGGUUGUCAUUAUGGGAUCGCCCCCCUCGCAGUCGAUUCACUCGCGUUCAGAGAGCCACCUGUUGCAUGCUGCUGAUAUUGCUGUUUGGCUGUGCUAGUGCUGUGUGGUAUGGGACAGUGGGUGACAUAAGCCAAGGCAAUGUUACAGUGUCCUCUGUAAUGCCCAUCAGUGGAGAGACCGUUGCAGUUGGCUUGGUGUCCAGUGCUGUUGUGUAUCCUUUGUACUUGGUAGCACUAGUUCUCUUCCGCAUGGCUCGUAGCAGGGCCUCAGUCAAUCAUUCCUUUAAUCAGCCAGAUCAGGAUUCUGUGGAAAUUGAGGACUACAUGGACACUUCAGUAAUGGGUAGCUCAUUUUUAACAUUUGCUGGACCCCCAGGAGACGUUUUAUCUGAACAUACCAAUUCAGAUCUAAUUUUAGGAGAUGCAAAAAGCCUACAGACCUGGCAGUCUACAGAGGAAAUGUUCACUUGGCCAGAUCUGCUGCAAGAUCCAUCUAUUAUGGGAAGCAAUAUUCCAAAACUCAAGAGAGGCAGAGGGAGUCGACAUCUUGGAAUUGAUGCAUCCUUGGAUGAUGAACAUUUUGCUCCUGGCUUCCACCCAACUAAUACCAGAUACUUCACUGCAUCAGAUGAAGAUUUGAUCCGUCAGAUUCUUGCAGACAGAGGAAGUGACAUCUCGUUGCAGGCCAAGCGACAUCUAUCAUCCAGAGUUGAAACUGACUUUGUAUCUAGUUUAUCUAGCAUUUUUGGAGAGAAAACUGAAGCUUUUAUGAUGCGCAAGUUAAAUGAAAAAGGAACAGUUCCAAAUAGAAGUCCAAGAGAAUCCAUGGGAUCUGCAAGGUCAACAAGAACAGUUGUCAACAGUACAUCUAGAAACAAGUUGUUCCCUUAUUGGUGUAGCAAUGUGGCUCACAUUCUGUGCUUCUUAAUGUUCGCUACGUGUAUCAGUAUAUCUGUCUGGAUUGGGAUUAAUUUCACAUCAGGUGUUGGUCUUAUGUGGCUUAUCUCAGGAAUCUUCAGUUUCCUGUCAUCUUUCUUCAUACUGGAGCCAUUAAAAGUUUUAUUAGAAGCACUUUACUUUUCCCUGAUUGCCAAGCGACUCUAUCCUGAAGAAGAUGACAUUUUGGUAGAAAAUCCACUGGUUGAACAUAUUUCUGAGAAAAUAAACAAAGUUCGUCCUCCUCAGGGGUUUGCUCUUUUUCAGGCUAAAGAAGAAGCCAAGAAAAUAAAACAACUGCAUAAGUUGCUUAAGGAUUUCAUAUUGUACAUGUUGUUUCUCCUGGUGGUCCUACUCAUUAACUAUGGAGACACAUUCAAAGAUAAUAAUGCCCGCCUUUUGAGGACUUCCAUCCAGAAAGAGCUGAUUGAAGAAUGCCUUAUUCAAAUUGAUAGACCAGAAGAGUUUUGGGUAUGGUUGUCCCAAGUCCUGCUACCAUAUCUUCACAAACAGCAGUCUGGGCAUAAUAGCUACAACACAAUAUUAGGAGUACCACGUCUUCGUCAGAUUCGCUCAAAGGAGGUUGACUGCCCACAUAUUCAGAUUGAAUCUAGUAAGAAGAACAUCUGCCUGGCUGAUACGACUGAUUGGGAACUAUCUGCCUUUGACAUCACUGACUAUACUGUCGGCUGGAAGAAAACAAUGAACGAAAGCAUAACAUGGAACCAUUCAGUGCCUAGUGUAACAAGUGUAUGGUACCAGGGCCAUUUUGCAGUAUAUGACGGUGGAGGUUACAUUCAGAAGCUUGGAAAGAAAUUAGAAGAAACCAUUCCAGUUCUGGAAAGCUUGCAGAAUGAUAAAUGGGUGAAUAUAAAGAAGCAUCUUCACCAUGAGGUGCUCAUUGCCCAAGAAGCAGCAGGAGAAUUUAAGGAGCAGCUAAAGAAAUCCCUGAAGAAUCUGUCCCACAAGAGAGACCAGCAGAACUCGAUUAUAGAAAACUUUGAAGCUCAGCUCAAUGCGAUUCCAGAGAAGACCAGGGCAGUGGAAGAGCAAAUCAAGAAGAGCUUUGGCAAGUUGCAUGCCUUCCUGUAUGAAGAAGAGAAUGCCCUGCUACGGAAACUUCAUGAAGAUGAGGAGCAACUAAGACAGAUCCUGGAGCAGCGCAUCCAGAUUAUCAAGAAUGAGCUACAGUUGCUGACCACUGGAGUAGAUGAAAUAGAAAAGAGCAUUGAAGAGGAAGAUGAAAUCUCUUUUCUGAUGAAACUGAAAGAAAUGCAGGAAAGGACCAAUAUCCCAAGUAAAGAUGUGGACCUGUCCCCUGUGGCAUUAAGUGAUGACCAGUAUGCUGGGCCACUGCAGUACUGGAUCUGGAGGAAGAUGCUUAAUAUUCUCGAAUUAACUCCAGAACCAGUUAUGUUAAACCCUGAGACUGCCUGCCCCUUCUUGAUCCUUGAUGGACAGACAAGAGUGCAUUGUGGUGACAAGAAACGAUCAGUGCCUAACCUUCCUGAGAGGUUUGACCCUGCUGCAUGUGUUCUGGGCAACACUGGAUUUGACUCUGGAAGAUACUAUUGGGAAGUGGAUGUUGGUAUAAAGACUGAGUGGGGAUUGGGUGUGGCAAAGGAUUCUGUGACUCGAAAGGGGGAGGUGAAGAUGGGAAAGGGGGCUCAGUCCAUCAAGUCAAGGGACAAGAAAGUAGCCAGCUCAAUACCAAAUAAUGGCUGCAGGGUCAGUCGAGAAGAGGAAGAACGAGAUGAAACAUCUGUCCUAGCUUUAUCUCCAGUGGAUAAGGCUUCACCAAAAGCUGAUGGGAGAAGUCCUUUUAAAAUAAGCUUAUUACGCCUUUCCAUUAGAGCCUGCAUGGCAAAUGCUGUAAUAUUCCUGACCAGAGCCAUUUUUGUGGAAUUCACCCAGUAUAACGCAAAUGUUGAUCUGUAUGCUUUGGUAACUAUACUUAUGGAAUUUCCAGUACCAGGUGGUGCCAUGUGCACUCUUGAUGUGAAACCCUUUGCAUUACUAAGGCUCAGCAAUGGAGUUCAUCUUCUGCUAAUCAUGAUGGUAUUCUUAAUGCUGUUUGUUGUGUCCUUUGUGAUUUCUGAAUCACUUUCUAUGAAGAAAGAAGGCUGGACCUACUUUACCCAUUUGUGGAAUUACAUUCAGUGGGUGAUCAUUCUUCUGUCUGUUAGCUCUGUGGUCGUACAUGUGAAGAUAACUACUAUUGCCGAUCAGCUGUGGGCAAAAUAUCUGCAAAAUCGUAAUGAGUUCAUUGACUUCUACCAAAUAUUGUUUUUCAGUGACACCUUCACUGGCUUGUCAGCUUCCCUUCUUUUUCUCCUAACCAUAAAGGCUGCUCAACAGCUACGAUUUGUUAGAGAGUGGUCCGUAUUUGGAAAGACUUUGGGCAAGUCUGCAAAGGAACUGUUCUGCAUCAUCUUUGUCGUCAUGUGGGUCUCUCUAGCAUAUUCACACCUUGGUUAUUUGUUGUUUUCAUCAAACUCUGACAAAUUCCGAAAUUUUGGAGCCAGUCUCCUCACCCUGUUUGCAGUUCUGCGAGGCUGUGUAAAUCUGAAGGUGCAGUCUUCUGACAGUUCUGGACUUUGUACACUGUACUACAUAAGUUACAUCAUUCUGGAGGUAUGGAUUUUGUGGAGACUGAUGGCUGCUGCAUUAAUCCAUAAUCACAGACAAGUUAAUGCAGAAAUGCAUAGGCCUGUGUUUGAAACUCAGGACUACGAGAUGGUGGAGUUAUUCCUUCGAAGACUAAAAAUGUGGAUGGGAAUUAGCAGAGUUAAAGAAUUUCGCCACAAAGUCAGAUUUGAAGGAAUGGAGUCACUGCCCUCCAGAUCUUCCAGUGAUUCUAAGUCAUUUCGACAGGCUACACCUAGCGCUGCUUCUGACAUUUCUGUAUCUUCAACCUCCUCCAGCCAGCUGGACACCUUGAAUAUAAUAAAUACAAGAGAAAGGUUAGAGUUAGAGGUCAACAUUCAGAGACUGCUUCCUGUGUUUGAAACUCUACUUGUUCAGUUUGAAAGAGUCAAUAAAGUUACUGAUGAUGUGUACCAGAUAGAAUCACAGCUGGGGAAUGUGCACUCAAGGAUGAUGAAGACAAAGUAUAUCAGGAUGACAAAAAACUUAAUAAAUAAAUACUGCCUUAUUAAUACUCAAGGUGUACAAAACCUUGUCACUAACAGUGAAAGCUCUUUAAAUGCACACAUUAAUUUAUUGCCUGCAAGUCAGAGUUCUAAUGUGAUACGGAAGUCAGAUGAUCCUCACCCACCUAGAAAUGAUGUGGUGAAGAAGUCUGAAAGUAAAGGUGCUGACUGUUUAAGUACUCAAAAGGGACUUGUUGCAACAUUGCCAAGUAAGAAAAGAAAGUCUAUGAAUGGAAAAAAUAAGAUACAUCCACAUAAAUAAUCUGUGACAUGGAAAGCGUACAAGAAAAAGGCUGGGCCUUUAGGUAUUAUGGUGCAAACGUAUUGAUUUAUCCAUUUAGCUGGAUUCAGAAGGUACCAUCUUCCACAGCAUGUUCACUACACUUUAGACAUUUACUGGUAAAUUUCCAGUGUGUGCCAAGAUAUACAUAUUCGUUCUGAAAAAAAAAAAAGUUCUGUUACCUCAGUUGUCUGACAUGUUGAAAGACAUGUGACUUACGAUCAGGGCCUUUAUCAGUCCACAGGUAGUCUGCAAGCUUUGUGUUAGCAAACAAAUUAUUGUAUUCUGAACAGCAGCACAAAGAUUUUGUAGAACAUGCGUGAAACACACUGAGCUGCACUGACAGAUAAGGUAUGCAUGACUGCUUGUUUUUUUUCCAGUAUUAGGCCUCCAUUUAGGAACUAUAAAACUCAGGUCCAGGACAACCAAGUACCUUUUUUAUACCAGAAAGAAGAUAGGAGAGCUCUAAAUCUCUUGAGAAAAAUCUUCACCACAGCCAAUAGAAGCAUGAUAGCAUUUAACCUGUGAAUUCAGGUAUGUUUUGCACUUAAUCCUCCCCAAAUACUUUAUUGUAUUACAAAGCAACUAGAAGGAAAAGACUAUGAAAUGUCAGUGUGCAUUUGUUUAUGAGCAUUUCGCUAACUGGGUGACUUCACAGGUCUCAGUGGUUAAAUUAAGGGCUUAUUAUUAGCUUAUUUUUGAGAGAAGUGUUUUACUUUUAAGAAUGUAUUGUCUAAAAGUUAUAUUUUUGGUUUACUUUUAUAAGCAUUACUCAGCACUUUAUUUAAAAACCAUGAUGUUCUUGCAUAGCAAUAAUAUACAAGUACUGUCUUUAGUCAAGAACAAAAGUAACAUGGAAACAGUAUUUUCGUCUUUAUAAAUUCUUGUGCAGCUCACACUGUCAUGUGAAUAUCACUUUCCACACAAAAGGGAGGAGUAUUCAGUAGCAAAGUUAAUGUCAAGGGAGACUGCGUAGUAAUUUUCUGGACUCUUUCAAACUACUCAUCAAGUUGAAAUUUCUGGCUUUACAUUUAUGGUUUCCAUUUAAUUUCACAGUAAGCAUGCACUAGGCCCCAUGAGGCUACAGCUAUAGAUCAGAGACUUGCUUGCCUAAAGCUGUUUUUAUUUGAAUAUACACUAAAGAGAAUGGAAACAGUAUGGUCAUUCUAAAAUUUGGCCAGAUGUAUCAGUUUCAUCUUGAAGUAGCACAUACUACUGUCCCCAUAAAGUUUUACACUCUUCUGAUUAGAAAAGCUCAGUUAUAUCAUACAGGUGCAAUGUAUAAGUCAAGUGGUAUUUGCAUAACAGUUGUGAUGUCAAGUUGUGUACAGUGUAUGUAUU